CGCAUUGUAUUUCCCGAACAACAUUUAUUCAAUGUGACUAGUUUCCGCACUUAGUUGCAUUGUAUUUCUCAGAGCGGUUUUCGACGAUCGAGUGUGUGGUGCAAGUGAAAAGACACACACCCUACACAAUCGACCAAAAUAGAAAUAACAGCAAGAAUUCUACCUCGUCAAACGACCACAAAAGAUAAGAAUGGUCUUUACUCUCACGUAUCAUCAUCCAUACUAACCAAAUAUAUAUUUCCUUAAAUAGAAAUUCAUAUAUAUGUACACCUGUAAUGUCCAUAUACAUAUGAAUUCCAUCACCAAAUUCUUGGCAUAAGUACCGAUGUUAUUGAAUGAGGAAUAAGUGUUUCCAAAUUCAUGACCUUAUUAAUAAUAUUUCUAUAAAUUUUAUAGCCCAAAAACCAAUUAAAAUCCUCUCCAUUAAUGCGAAAUCAACCUAAUUGCUUUCUAGCAGUUUUUCUCCACUCCGUUUGUUUGUUUCUUCGGAUUGCUUAAAGGUUUGGUUGCCCCAUCGCAGGAGGUAAAGAGAUGACUGCAGAGACUGAGGACUACCCAUCAAAGAUCACUCUUUAUGUUGUAGUAUGUUGGAUUCUUGCAGCUUUUGGUGGCCUUAUGUUUGGUUACGACAUUGGAAUCUCAGGUGGAGUAACAGCCAUGGACGACUUUCUGAUUAAAUUCUUUCCCAAAGUCCAUGAAAGAAAGAUGCAUGCUAAGGAGAACAAUUAUUGCAAAUAUGAUGAUCAGAAUCUUCAGCUUUUUACAUCUUCGUUGUACCUGGCUGCUCUUGUUUCAAGCUUUACCGCAUCAAAGGUUUGCACCAAGUUUGGCCGAAAGCCUACGAUUCUUUUGGCAUCUGCAUUUUUCCUUGGGGGAGCUGCUUUAAGUGCUGCUGCCCAGAACCUCUGGAUGCUGAUCAUUGCGAGAAUUCUCCUUGGCAUUGGCGUUGGCUUUGGCAAUGAGGCUGUUCCAUUGUUCCUGUCAGAGAUAGCCCCAGUCCAGCAUCGUGGGGCUGUGAACAUUCUCUUUCAACUUUUUGUAACCAUAGGAAUAUUCUUAGCGAAUCUGGUGAACUAUGGCACAUUAAAGAUGCAUCCAUAUGGAUGGAGAGUAUCUUUGGGGCUUGCAGGCGUACCAGCCAUCAUGUUAUGCAUAGGUUCCUUGAUCAUCACUGAAACACCAGCGAGCCUGGUCGAGCGUGGAAAGGAGUUAGCUGGACAUAAAACACUGAAAAAGAUUAGGGGUGUCGAUGAAGUUGAUUCUGAAUUUGACCAGAUUGUGAGAGCUAGUAAAAUUGCCCAGGAAGUGAAGCAUCCUUUCAAGAAACUCAUGAAGCGUUCCAGCAUGCCCCCUCUGAUCAUAGGCAUCAUGCUUCAAGUUUUUCAACAGUUUACAGGAAUCAAUGCCAUCAUGUUUUAUGCUCCUGUCUUGUUUCAAACUGUUGGAUUCAAGAAUGACGCUUCCUUGCUGUCCUCUUUGAUUACUGGAACCGUAAAUGUUCUUAGUACUCUGGUCUCAGUCUACGCAGUUGAUAAGAUUGGUAGGAGAAAACUACUUCUCCAAGCCUGUAUUCAGAUGUUUAUAUGCCAGACUGCAAUUGGAGCAAUCCUUCUAGUUCACUUGCACUCCACCGAUUCACUGACAAAAAUGCAAGCAGCUUUUGUUGUGACGCUGGUCUGUUUGUUUGUUAUGUCCUUUGCUUGGUCAUGGGGUCCUCUCGGUUGGCUGAUACCAAGUGAAACAUUCCCACUAGAAACAAGGACAGCAGGGUUUGCAUUUGCAGUUAGCUCCAACAUGCUCUUCACCUUCAUUAUAGCUCAAGCAUUCUUGUCAAUGAUGUGUCAUUUGCGUGCCUCCAUAUUUUUCUUCUUCGCCGCCUGGAUAUUUGCCAUGGGAUUGUUUGUGCUGUUCCUAUUGCCAGAGACAAAGAAUGUCCCCAUUGAUGUCAUGGUUGACAGAGUCUGGAAGAAACACCCUGUCUGGAAAAGGUUCAUGGUUGGUGAUGGAGGGAGCUUAAGCUCAAAACCAACAAAUUCAGAGAAGAUAUGAUGGCCUGAAGGAGGUGGAGUUACUAUCGUUGUUCUUAGUGUUUUAACUUUGUACAAUUUGCUUGAUUUGAUAAGUCAACUGA